UCAUAUCAUAACUCAUAAUCCGAGCUCGUCUUCAAUGGCUUCCAUUUGGUGCCACUCACUAUCACUCCUCCCCAUAUACAAAUCAUCAUCAAAUCCCAGCUUAGUCCGUCCCUUCCUCGCCAAAUUUUCUAAGCCCAACCCAUUUUCUAGACCUCUUACCAAACUAUGGAGCUCCGGUACCGGUGCCACGAAUCCAACGACGCCGUCGUCCUCUUCCACGGUCCCCGACGAAGAAGAAGCCCAUAAUUUUCCCACCGAGUUAUCCAUGAGUAUCGAUAAUCUUCUCAGCUUCUUCAAUAUCAAUUUGGGUCACUGGAUUGGUUCUUUCUUUCAAUUUGAUGCUGGUGGAAAACUAUUGCAUAAAUUGGAUACUAAGCUUGCAGUUAGCUCUUAUGGGGAGGAUGAACUCGCCAGCCUUAUUCAAACAUUAUACAUUAAACAACCUCCAUCAACAGUCUCUGGAUAUGAUGAUGAGGUGGAAUGGGCAGAAUACAAAAUCAAAGAAACUAAUAUGUUUACUGUAGACAAAUAUCAACAGAUUGGCUACUUUCCCAAUGAGAAAGCAUUUUCUCUAAGGUACCAGACUGCUGGCAUGUUAGAAACUGUGCUUCGACAAGGGGUUCUAGGGGAAGAUGACAUUGGCGAAGAAUCACCAAGAAAUCUGAAGCUUCCUUCCCGUCGCCCGUCCAUAGUAUGUGAAAGUUGUUUGUAUUCACUGGAGAAAGACAUGCGAGCAAGAGCAUUCCAUGUCAUUGACCCAAAAGGUGUUGUAGAAAUGCUUCUGAUCUUCCUUGAGGAAAGAGGUGAAGGAUUGCUCCACCAUCCCUCAAUUAGUCACACUACGGACAACACAGACAGGGUUUCACCAUUUCUUGGCAAGUGGAAAGGUCAUUCCUUAACAAAGCGGAGUGGUGUUUAUGGAGCCACAAUUGCUGAAGCUGACACGGUAGCAUCACUUGAAAUGGAUGACAAGGGUCAACUUAUUCAGAAUAUGGCUUCAACAUCUGCUGGGGGCGAUGUAACCACAUCCGUGCCAUGGACUGGCGUCAUGUUGAACAAUUUGGUUAUCUUUGAGGGGGGUUACCAGAUAACACUGUUGCCUGGCGGUAUGUACAUGGGGUGCCCUUGUGAUGUGUCCAGGAGCAUAGCAGAAUCCAAGUCAUUCCAUUUGGAGUUCUGUUGGCUUGAAUCGCCUUGUAAGAGACAGAGGGUAGUUCGCACUUAUGAUGUUGAAGGCUUGGCCGUUUCAUCUACUUAUUUUUAUGAGACGAAAAUUUGACUUUCUAAGAACAAAAAAUAGACUCUUCACUAUGGGGUCGUACAUUGCUCUGCAAAAGACCUAUAUGUGGCGCCAAACUGUGUUUGCUUUCAAGUCACACGAGAAUCUUAUACACCUUUGAGUAAAGGGUCCAUUUUGUAACAUAGAGCAUUUUUUUUUUUUUUUGAGCAAAUAGAGCUAUUGGUUUUGUAUUUAUGUAUCUUUGGAAGAAGUCAUUCAUAACUUCCUUUAAUCAUUUUUAUUGAAAUGGGGGAGUUAAAUUAGAAGAGGAUAA